AUGCAUAAAUUACAUUUUAUUAUUUUUAUUUUAGAUUUACAAACAAUUAAUAUAACAUUAUGUAUUCUUUAUCCACCAAGAGCCGAACUUUUACCAAAACAUUUUUUGCAAAUUUGGUCUCAAUUUGAUGCUAUUGAAUUGAUUACACAACGUACACUUAUUUCUCAAAGUAUUAGUGAAUUAUUAAUAGAACGUGCUGCUCAAUUUGGUUUAUUACUUGAUGAUAUUUCAAUUACACAUUUAAGUUUUAGACCUGAAUUUACAAAUGCUGUUGAAUUAAAACAAGUUGCACAACAAGAUGUUGAAAAACAACGAUUUUUAGUCGAAAAAACUGAACAAAGCCGUCAAGCAAAUGUUAUUGUAGUAGAAGGUGAUGCUCGUACAGCUGAUUUAAUUGGCAAAGCUUUAGAUGAAGUUGGUGAUGGUUUGAUCGAACUUCGACGAAUUGAAGCCGCUGAAGGUAUUGCAAAUCAAUUAUCAAAAUCAAGAAAUAUCGUCUAUUUAUCACAUGGUCCUCAAAUGUAA